UUGUGUGAACGAGCAGCGGCCCACGGUGGAAGCCAGGCACGGUUGCCUUCAAAAUAAGAGAUUACACUUUCCUCAUUUUGGGUUAAAAAGACCGAUUUAACUAGUAGAGGGUGGUAGACGCGCAGACUGGCUCCAACGUGUUUUAAGGGAUUGGUUGAAUUGGAAAUGGAGAGAAACCGAGAGAAAUCCGUGCAACACUUGUGCAUUAAACGACGCUUUACUUUCGCAGUUCCCCUCGGAAAAUGUAGUUCCAGCCUUGGCUACGCUGACACUGUUGUUUUAUUUUAUGAGUCCUGCUACUCUCAAGACAGAUAACAGCGCUGAAUUUGAGCAAAGGUCGGAGAAAAAUCCCCACUACUGUUACAGCGACUCUUGGCUCACAAUUUGUGGGUCAUCUAUGAGUUUAGACGUGACAUUAUGAUCGUGUGGAGACCGGGAAACUGUUGGCUUUCGGACACACAGCGGACCGUUCAGCUGUUGGGUCGCUGGUAAUCGCGCGGACCCUCUCGAGUAUGUUACUUGAAGCCCUCGCCGACGUAAAAUAGUGAAAUUGCUCACCGAAGUUGCGGCAAUGGCUUCGGCGCUGAGUUGCUUCAGUGGCCCCGAGGUGCUGGAGGACGGGAACCACGCUCGGGGUCUGAUGAGCGAGUUGAAGUCGCUGUACGACUGCCGGCUGCUCGGCGACGUCACCAUCGGAGUCGAGAGCGAAGAGGAGUCACUGGGGCACGGCGGCGAGUCCGCCGCGGGUGACAUCGACCAACUUUUCCUGUGCAGCCGCAACGUCCUCGCCGCCGCCAGCCCUUACUUCAAGAGCAUGUUCACCGGGGGGUUGACCGAGAGCAUGCAGGAGAGAGUGGUCAUACGCGGGGUGGACGCCGAGUCCAUGUCCGUGAUCAUCGACUACUGCUACACGGGCAGGGUGACCAUCACCGAGGGCAACGUCCAGCGGCUGUACGCGGCGGCCAACAUGCUUCAGCUUGAGUACAUCAGGAACGCGUGCUCCGGCUUCAUGACGAGGAGGCUGGACCUCUCCAACUGCGUGGGGAUGCUGAAAUUUGCGGACACCUAUGACAACCCCGAGCUGAAGGAGAACGCGCAAGCGUUCAUAGCCAGGAACUUUAGCCAGGUGUGCAGUGGUGGGGAGCUUUGUGAGCUGGACCUGAUGCAGUUGAAGGAGUUGUUGUCUCUGGACACUCUGGAUGUGGACUGUGAGAGGAAGGUGUGCUCGGCUGCUUUGCAGUGGAUAGAGGCAAACGCACCGCAGAAAAGGGAGGAUGCGUUGCAGGCACUCAAGUGUGUACGCUGGAACUUGUUCACCGAAAAGGACAAGUGUUACCUGGAGGGCCUCAUGGCAAGGCCUUUAAUUGAGAAAUAUCUUGCGUCUUUCUUCAACAGGACUGCGGAGGACGGCUGUGGGAUGCCUGCAGCACAGGAUGUACCAAAACACAGGAUAGGUGUAAGUGCAAAAGAAAUGAUUCUCUUCUUCGGCCUACCCAACGACAACAUCAUGUGCUGUGACCCCUACUCGGAGGACCUGUAUUUCAUGGCUCCUCCUUUAGAAGACCUCAGCAGUCAGGAUUACAAACGCUCCACCAUGGAGUCCUUAAUCGCCUGUGCCACGCCGGAAAACAACCUGUACCUAGCCUCCCACCUCUCUAAACACUUCUGGCUGUAUAACCCUGUGCUUAACAGCUGGCAGGAGUUGGCAGAGAGGCCACUGGGGAGGAUACACUCUGGGAUGGGCUACCUCAACGGCCAUGUGUACCUCUUGGGAGGGAGAAAUCCAGUGACGGAUGCCAGACUGAAGGAGGUCGAGUGCUACAACGUCCAGAGGAACCAGUGGACGUUUGUGGCUCCCCUGCCUCACUCUUUGGGUAAAAUGCAGGUGGUGGCGUUAAAUGACCACCUGUAUGUGGUAAACAAAAGGAGGAUGCUUUGCUACGACCCCAAGAGGAACCGCUGGCGCCACUGUGGCUCACUAAGAAGAGACAAGCUUCACAAGGCCUGCGUAUUUCAGGACCAGAUCAUCUGUGUGUGUGAUAUCCCUGUGGUGAAAGCCUACAGCCCCACCAGGGGGGAAUGGAAGAGGUUGGGUGACAUUCCUAUUGACAGUCGAGCUCUAAAUUACCAGGUGAUACAGCACAACAACAAGUUGCUCCUGCUCACUCAGACUUUACUGCAGCACAACAAAAAUAGGGUCCUCAUCCAUGAAUACGACCCAGGCAGGGACACCUGGAAGAAUGUCAUGGCAGUGUAUGUGUCCACCCUGGGGCCCGUGUGUGUUUCAACACGCGUGUACCCAGCGUGCCUGGGUUCUGCUCACAGCUUCUCUACAGAGGAGGACGAUGACAGUGGCUCCAGUGCCGACUGGGACUUUGACGGCUUGACAGAUGCGGACUCCGAUUCUGGCAGCUCAAGCUCUUUCUCAGAUGAGAACUGGAGCAGACCUGCUUAUGAUCGAUGCAAAAUCAUGACUGUGACUUUUGGGGACAUCAGGCAGCUCAAGUGCCUCAUGUUAAUGACUUCAAACACAACCGGUCAUCUACGGGGCUUUAACAUUUGCUGUGCUUUUUGUGUUGUUGAUGCACAUCGAGAUGUCGCACGCAGCCGGCGUUGCGAAAACUACUGUGUGAAAUGUAGAAGCCAAUGUACUGUAUGCUCACUCAGGUUUGGGCUUAAGCAAAAGCCUUUAGCCAUGAUUGACAUUUUUUUGAGAUGUAAUGAAAUUAGGUGGCUUUGGUGACAAUUUAUAAAUUUUAUUAAAUUUAUUUGAGACUAUUUUAUUGAGUGAAUGUAUAUGUUUUUGUAUCUAUGCUUUUUUUUUUAACUUAAAGUUUGUUACAAUCAGAAGUCAAAAUUCGCAGCAUUUUUAGUAUUAUUUGUUCCUGGUGGAUUGUUUUAGUUGGAGGAAACUUUGUCUGCAUGUAUACAACUGUUUGCAAAGCCACUGCCCUCACCAACCACCCCAUACACUCAGUUACCAGUUUAUUAGCUGAGUUGAAACACAUCGAAGUGUUAUUAAUCUGUCCAACCUCGUUGAUAUAAAUAUUGUAGACAAAAUAUUAGAAACACCGAACUACAGCCUCCAAAAAUGUUUUUAAAGCUGACUCAACACCUCUAAAACAGUUUAGACAAGCACUGAACAUUAUAACCUUCAUGAGCGUAGGAUUUAUAACAGCGCUGUUGAAUGAGACUGUAUUAGAUUUAGCUAGUUGUACCUAAUAAGCUGGUAAAUGAGUGUAGUUCCCACUGUUUUGUCUGUAUGAUGGAUGGUUGAAGUGUUAUAAGUUUGAAUAUGUGUGUGUGAGUGUGUGUGUGUGUGUUUUUGAGGGGGAGGGGUUGCUCGGCUGUGGUAACACACAUGGUCAGGAUUAUAAAGAUGUUUUGGUGUAUGUGUCAAAUAAGCAUCUGUGUCUGAUGCAGAAGAAGAGCAUUUGUGUGUGUGUGUGUGUGUGUGUGUGUGUGUGUGUGUGUGUCUUU